UGAUUUAUUAAUCAUUUUCUUUAUUCAUUCUUUUGCUUCUGGUGGGCUCCCUUUUAUCAUUUGUUGUCUCACUUGUCUGAAAUUUUAUUUUAUUUCAUUUAUCAGUCUGUGAAUAAUUUCUAAAUAGUGUAAAUGGCAACUACCAAGACACCUUCAUUCACAGGUUCACCGCAUACAGACCAAGCACUUGCAGGAUUUGGUGCUGGCAUGGUGUCAACAGCCAUACUUCAUCCCCUGGAUCUUAUCAAGAUUCGCUUUCAAGUCAAUCGAUACUCUAAUCAGAGAAUGCUCGGAGGAACAGUUAAGGCAUUCAGGGAGAUAUUAGUAGAAGAGGGCUUCUGGCGUGGCCUUUACCGUGGAAUCACACCCAACAUGGCUGGAUCAACUUUGAGUUGGGGAAUGUAUUUUGGUUGGUACAGUCUGAUCAAAAAAUACAUGAAAAAGGAUAGUCAAGGCAAACUAUCACCUGUUCAACACUUGACAGCUUCUGCUGAAGCAGGUGCACUUACGGCUCUAAUGGCCAAUCCACUUUGGGUUGUCAAGACACGCAUGUGCACUACCACACGACAUAUGCCAGACGCCUAUAAAGGAUUAUUUGACGGCCUCAGGAGGCUGUAUACAGAGGAAGGCAUUCGGGGACUCUAUCGUGGUAUGAUACCUGCUCUCUUCGGCGUUUCCCACGGUGCAAUUCAAUUUAUGGUCUAUGAGGAAAUGAAAAAGAGAAGAAACGAGUUGAGACAGCAAAUGGGUGUUAUUGCGUCGGACGAAUUGAACGCAAAACUAAGUCAAACAGAGUAUUUGGUGAUGGCAGCCACAUCCAAGACGAUUGCAGCCGUAGUAACCUAUCCUUACCAAGUAUUAAAGAGUCGACUUCAGGAUCAGGCAACAAAAGAUACAUAUAAAGGAGUGAUCGACUGCGCAAAAAAAGUGGUCCAAGCAGAAGGAUUUCUUGGCUUUUAUAAGGGUUUAGCACCCAGUGUCAUUCGUGUCUUACCAGGCACCUGCAUCACAUUUUUAGUCUAUGAAAACUUGACACAGUGGUUUAAGAAU